CUGAGUUCGGCGGAUCGGCCUGGCGGCACGCGGAGCCCCGGCUCCUCCUGCGGGUGCGUCGUGUUUGUGCGGCGCGGAACGAAGGGCGGUGUGCGAGCCGGGCGCUGCCGGAUGCCCUGAUGGCGGUGUUGUGUGCGGUCAGGAGGGAAACGCUAACGGCGGUGUCGAACGCUGCAGGUUUGAGCAUCCGAGGAGCCCAGGAGGAAGACCCUCCCGAUCCCCAGCUAAUGAGACUAGACAAUAUGCUUCUGGCAGAGGGAGUCUCAGGUCCGGAGAAAGGUGGGGGAUCGGCGGCAGCAGCUGCAGCCGCAGCAGCCUCUGGAGGGUCUUCAGAUAACUCUAUUGAACACUCAGAUUACAGAGCCAAAUUGACCCAGAUCAGACAAAUCUAUCACACAGAGCUGGAGAAAUAUGAACAGGCAUGUAAUGAAUUUACCACACAUGUGAUGAACCUGCUCAGAGAACAGAGCCGAACGCGUCCCAUUUCUCCUAAGGAGAUUGAAAGGAUGGUGGGCAUCAUUCAUCGAAAAUUCAGUUCCAUUCAGAUGCAGCUGAAGCAAAGUACUUGUGAAGCAGUCAUGAUUUUAAGGUCGAGGUUCCUUGAUGCCAGAAGGAAAAGACGCAAUUUCAGUAAACAAGCCACAGAAAUAUUGAAUGAGUAUUUUUACUCCCACCUCAGUAACCCUUACCCCAGUGAAGAAGCCAAAGAAGAGCUGGCAAAGAAGUGCAGCAUCACGGUAUCGCAGGUCUCCAACUGGUUUGGCAAUAAGAGAAUCAGGUACAAGAAGAACAUUGGGAAGUUCCAGGAAGAAGCCAAUCUUUACGCAGCGAAGACGGCUGUGACUGCAGCGCACGCCGUGGCCGCGGCCGUCCAGAACAACCAGACCAACUCCCCCACCACGCCAAACUCUGGUUCUUCUGGUUCUUUUAACCUCCCAAAUUCUGGGGACAUGUUCAUGAACAUGCAGAGUCUGAAUGGGGAUUCUUACCAGGGGUCCCAAGUCGGAGCCAAUGUGCAGUCACAGGUGGAUACCCUGCGUCAUGUUAUCAAUCAGACGGGAGGAUACAAUGAUGGCUUGGGAGGAAAUUCACUGUACAGUCCACAUAAUUUAAAUGCUAAUGGAGGCUGGCAGGAUGCAACUACUCCAUCUUCUGUGACUUCCCCUACAGAAGGGCCGGGAAGUGUGCACUCUGAUACCUCUAACUAAUCUCCUAGCAACACUUUUUCCCUGAGCUGAGAUGCCUUGAUCAGCGCAUUCAGAGUCGCAGGAGAAAAAGGAAAGAAUUUUUUUGUAGCCAACCACCUACAGCUUUACUGUAAAACCUUGUCUUACUAGAAAACUUGGUAAAUCUGUUUUUUAAAGGUAUCAUAAUCAUUUGUAUUUAUACUUAAAACACACAGUGUUAAAAAGCACUUUAUCCAAUUGGGCCAAGAUUUAGCAUUGUUUAUAGCCCUGUAACUAUUUUAUCAUAAUUUAUUAUCGGCGAUUUUAACAGUGUCGGUCUAACAGUUGCCAAUUGCUUGGCCUUAAGGGUAAAAGUACAGAACAAGCUUAACCUCAAUAGCAAGAACGGGCACAAAGGAACACCUCACCUGAAUCGUAACUGCGUGCGUAUUUUCGCGGAAGGUCAAAAUGAGUUGCAGACUUGGAUUGUGUUUAACCUUUUCAUCUCUCUUAUAGAGUUGGAAUAAAGAGAUCUGUUUGGUUAUUUCAGUUAACAACGGUUGUGUUUAAGAAUCCUUAUUCGUCACAUUUUUGUUGUGAUCUAUUGCUUUAUAAGUUAGGUUGGAUACCAGGAGCAUCUUUCCUUGCUAACCGCCGGGACCCCCCGCCUGCUCUCUGUAUUUCGGCUACGGACUCAGAGUGUUCUUAAGAGGUGAAGAUAUUGCUGCUUCUUUCAGUGAGCCACCAGCUGGGUUUUACAGUGUGAGUAGGUGCUGUGCGGCUGCCGAGAUUGGUUACUUCUUCUGGGCAGCCAAACAAACAAAAAACAGAAAGGAAAAGCGAAGGAAAAAGCACCAUUAUAUGGAUUGUUGUACAUAGUGUAGCAAAAGAGUAUUUAUACAUCUCACCAAUCAAAACACAGCUUUAUUACCUCAUGCGAACUCAUACGAACCAAUAGACUUUCAACAUGUUCUGUAGCUUAGAGUGCUCACUUACUACCUCUGAACGAUACUCACGCUGUAGUUUGUCUCUUUCUUAUCUUUUUGCAUCUUGUAACUAACUCUUUGUUUCCCUCAUGAAUUGUAAUGUACAUUGUAAUCUU